AUGUAUUGUAAAGACAAGUAUUUAAAAUUGAGGAAACAAGCGUCCACAGUCUCAACAAGCACUUUAUUCAAGCAUUUGUUUCAUCAUAAAAUUUCAAAUUCAACAGAAAGUCAUCACUUCACAUCAACCAUCCUUAAACAACCCUCAAACGAAUUCCUGUUGUCUAAAAAUUAUGCCGAAUCAGAGCGAAAGCAACGACAACAAAAAUAA